AUGGCAAAAGCGAACACCCCCAAGAAAUUCCCCAGCGCCAUCGACACCCUCCUCAGAAUCUUCCAAUUGAAGGACAAACACAUCAAGGUCAUCUCACCUGCACCAACACCACCCACCUUUGUGCCAGCCUUCAAGCUCAAUGUAGAAGGUACAAGAAAAGUGUCCAUGGAGCAAGAAAAAAGUGACAACAGCAGAAUCAAGAUCUACACUGAUGGCUCGAGUCUCGGGGGCAAAGUAGGGGCCGCAGUGGUGCUCUAUGAAGGAGAAGCCAAAGCACCAAAGACGGUCCUCAGGGCAAGGCUAGGCUCCAACAAAAAGCACACCACCUUCGAGGCUGAGGCAGUAGGGGGCGUACUCGCCACGUGGAUACUCGCCAGCUGCCACAUCCGAACUAACGACACGAUCAGCAUAUACACAGACAACCAAGUGCUCAUCCAAGCAUCGAGAAAGCCAGGGGCUAAGCCUGGUCAAUACCUCCUUCAAGAUUUCGUCAAUAGGCUCUCCAGGAUAGUAGGUACGAUCUCACUCAGAUGGAUCUCAGGACACACGAAUGUGAAAGGAAAUGAAAUGGCCGACCAAGAGGCAAAGAGAGCAGCAGAGGAAGGCUCCAGCACAAGAGAAGAUUUGCCACCUCUCCUACAACAACGACUUCCCAUCAGUGCGACAGCCGAGAAACGCGCGUACCAUGAGGAACUCAAGACUAUGUGGCUCAACGACUGGGACAACUCCCCCAGGAAGGCCAAGUUCGACAACAUCGACCCUGCCUUCCCUUUCCACCGCUUCCACAAGCUACAAGACUCACUCAACAGACCACAAGCCAGCAUCCUAACGCAACUAAGGACCAGUCACAUCCCACUGAACAGGUACCUGCACAGGUUCGCCAAACGAGAUUCACCAAAAUGCACACAUUGCCCGAGGAUGGACGAAACAGUAAACCACUACCUAUUCCAAUGCUCAAAGUACAGACGGCAGCGACAGGAAAUGAUGAAUAAGCUGGGUGUCAUGACUAGCUCUGACCUCAACCUACGACUACUCACAAGCAACCCAAAGGCAAUUCGAAUACUUCUCCAAUAUGUCAGCCACACAGGAAGAUUCAGUAACUACAAUGGUGAUGUGUUACUAUCUAACUUACAAGUGGAGGAUGACAACAAUGACGGUGACAACGAGUAA